AUGACCGAUGAAGAACUCGGAGAGUUAAUUGAUUUCGCUCUAAACAUAGUAAAUAAACUUGAGUCAGAAAAUAAAGAACAUUUAAAUCAAAUUGUGCGACUUGCGGUAGAUAAAAACGAUGCAUUUAUGAAUAUUUGGCGAGCUUUAGAUACCUCAAAAGAUGAAAGUGCGAAAAUUCGAAAGUUCAUUUCUUUAAUGAAUAUCCGCUUUAAUAUGGAAGAUUCCAUUAUCUUGACACAUGCAUCUUUUUUGCCGAUCACGAUUAACGAUGUCUUCGAGUUUCUUAACAUCCUUACACCAGCUAGUGCUAUGAAAACGAUGCUGAGCCCCUUGCAAUUUGAUGAUUUUAGAAGAAAGCAUCAAGCUCUGAUCCAUUCAAGAAAGAAGGGCGAUAUUCGAUCAUAG